CUGCAGAAUUGGCUGCAACGACUUCUCUCUUAAUUAUACCAUCCAAAUAAUGCCGGGCGAGUCCACGGACGUGACUGAUGCAUUGGACGAGAAGCCUAGGGAAGUGGUUAUCUAUGACAGCCCCGAAGGCUCCGUGCACUCCGGGAUUGGUGAACUAGAGGUCAAGCCAGUUGUGGCAGAGGUUCAACAAGACGAGAACGAAGUAGAGGAUGAAGAAAACGAGGACAGUCGGGAACAGGACGAGAAUGGAGACGAAGACGGAGACGAGGACGAGGAAACUUACGAGAGCGACGAUGAAAACGAAGACGAAGAAGAUGAUGAAGACGAAGAGCCGGCAUUGAAGUAUGAGCGUCUCGGAGGUGCUUUCCAAGAUUUGUUCAAAAAAGAUUCCGCAUCUGCUCUGGCUAUCUCAUGUAAACUGCUGGCAAUCGGAACGCACACAGGGAUUGUGCAUGUUCUGGAUCUAGAUGGUAAACGGGUGAAGUCAUUCAAGCCCCAUACGGCAUCUAUCAUCGACAUAUGUUUUGAUGCCACGGCAGACUUCGUUGGUACUGCUUCGAUCGACGGACAGGUGGUCAUUUAUUCGCUAAACACCCCAGAGUCAUACGUGUUUGAUAUGAAGCGUCCAAUGCGCACGUUAGCGCUUGAGCCCGGCUUUGCGAAAAAAGGGUCCCGUGCGUUCGUUUGCGGGGGGAUGGCUGGAAACCUGAUCAUGCAUGAGAAAGGUUGGCUAGGCCACAAGGAGACGACCCUCCAUAGCGGCGAAGGUCCUAUCUGGCAAGUACGAUGGAGAAAUCGCCUCAUUGCUUGGGCAAACGAUGUUGGUGUCAAAAUAUAUGACGUGUCAUCGCAGACCCGCAUCACAUUCAUUGACAGACAGCCUGAUGGUCCUCGACCGGACCUCUUCAAAUGCACUUUGAAUUGGCAAGAUGACUCGACCCUGCUCAUUGCUUGGGCAGAUGUCAUCAAGGUGGCUCGCAUUCGAGCUCGCCCUAGAACCACCACUUCUUCAACGUCAGCGAACAUGCCACCAUUAUUGGUGGAGAUUACCGCGGUGUUCCAGCUGGAUUGUAUGAUAUCGGGAAUAGUACCUCAUCCCACUCGAAUAUCGUCUUGCAAUGCCCACUCUCACCAUCGUACCCCCAGCGUCGCGUCAGCGUCCACUUCCUCUGUACCAACCUCUCUACUCGCUCUGGCAUACAUACCUCCAGACACAUCUUUCUUGAACGAGGCCACUGAUGAUCGAAAGCAACAGGCGCGGAAAUCUGCAGAGCGACCUGAGCUCAGGAUCGUGUCCCGAGGCGGUGAGGAGCUGGCAGCAGAUGCUUUGACAGUGGCAGAUUUUCGAUCUUGGAGCUGUAAUGACUAUGUCAUUGCUGAGGUCGAUCCAGAGGAGGUCGGCGAGACUAGAGCUUAUGUAGUCCUUAGCCCACGCGAUGCUAUCAUCGUCCGGCCAAGAGACAGGAAAGAUCACGUCGCGUGGUUGGUCGAGCGAAGGCGGUAUGAGGAAGCUCUAGAGGAGAUCGAGUCAAUGGAGGCCGCAGACGGUGAGGGAGGGGUCGAUGCAGCCGAAAUCGGGCAACGCUAUAUUGAGCAUCUUGUCGGUGAAGGCGAGUUUGUCAAAGCCGCCAAGCUCUGCCCCAAAGUAUGUGGACAAGAUCUGAAACGCUGGGAGGAUUGGAUAUUCGCCUUCGCUCAGAAACAGGAGCUGCAGGCCAUCAUCCCCUACGUUCCGACCGAGUCACCCAAACUGGGACAUCUAGUGUAUGAAAUGAUACUCGCGUAUUUUCUAGCAAAUGAUCGACAGGCUCUUCAACAAACGAUCAAUGAGUGGCCGAAGGACAUCUACGAUAUCUCCGCAGUGAUCGUCGCAAUCCAGUCUGAACUGGAUAGGGUGACACCUGAUACCACCGUUCUAAUGGAAUGCCUGGCAACACUAUACACUGCCAAUCGCCAACCUGGCAAAGCGCUUCCCUAUUUCCUUCGACUGCGGCGUCCAAACGUAUUUGAUCUCAUCCGAGAACACAAUCUUUUCACAUCUGUGCAAAAUCAAGCUCUACUUCUUGUCGAAUUUGACCAUGAAUUGAUGGAAAAACGAAAGAAGGAUGGUAUAGAAGUCGAUGAUGAGUACGGUGCCGCCAUUACGCUUCUUGUAGAUCACACGCACGCGAUACCAGCCGCACGGGUAGUACAACAGCUGCAGAGCAGACCUCGUUAUCUGUUCUUGUAUCUAAACGCAUUAUUUGCGAAGGACCCUCAAUUGGCAUCGGAUUUUGCUGACACACAAGUCAUGGUUAUGGCCGAGUAUGCAACAUCCCGCCUCAUCGACUUCCUCCGUGCAAGUAAUUACUAUAAUUUAGAGAAAGCUUAUCAUAUCUGCAUGGACCGAGACUUGGUACCAGAAAUGGUUUUUCUUCUCGGCCGUAUGGGUAACAAUAAGAAAGCCCUCAACUUAAUUAUCGAACGUCUAGGAGAUGUCAAUCGUGCCAUCGAUUUUGCCAAGGAACAAAAUGAUGAUGACCUUUGGGAAGAUUUGCUCAGAUACUCGGAAACCAGACCACCCUUCAUCCGUGGUCUCCUGGAGAAUGUUGGUGCCGAAAUCGACCCUAUCCGUCUCAUUCGCAGGAUCAGAAACGGCCUCGAAAUUCCAGGUCUCAAGGCUGCACUCAUCAAGAUCUUGCAGGAUUUCAAUCUACAAAUAUCGUUAUUAGACGGGUGUCGGACCAUCUUACACGGGGACAGCUCCGAUCUGGUCAAGCGAUUGCAUAAAGACCAAACUAGCGGUUUUUUCUUCACGAACAAGACGCCGUGUCUAAUUUGCACUCUUCCACUUCGUCAAACACCACAGUCAUUAGUUUUGCUCUUCUUGUGUCGGCAUGUCGUACAUGCUCGCUGUGUGAGUGGAGGCGAAAAUUUGCCGAGACAACCAGACCUGGCCUUCGCGAGUGUAACUAUGGGCGGAGCUGCCAGGGGAGUCAGCGGAAAGAUUGCAUAUACUGCAAUGGUUCGUGCUCGACUCCGGCCGAGUUGCCCGGUAUGUCAUGAGAAGGGAGAAGGAAAGCGGACAUAGCUCAACCUAUUGACCUGUUUCGCACUUUUCGAGCAAGUUUGAUACCCGCUUCCCCUAUUCCCUUACAGUACUCACGUUGGAAUCUACGUUUCCAUGCUACAUCACUCUUAUGUGUAGAUACCACUGCCCUCCGAGCACUCAAUCAUCUUUCUGCACCAUUUAACAUAGUAAAUCCACUCUGAGCGCAAUGAUGGAGUAUAUGUGGACUGACGGCUUUC